AUGUCCUCUGCCGAUUCGGAACAGGCUCCCACGGCCAGUGAGGUUGCUGAGCGUGAACUUCAGGAAAGAGAGCGCAAGGCCAAGGAAGACGCCGAGCAGGCUCAGUUGCCGUACAAAUGGACACAGACGAUUCAGGACGUGGACGUGACGAUCCCGAUUCCCGCGAACAUCAAGGGGAGGGAUAUGGAUGUGGUUUUGACGAAGAAUAAGAUCAAGGUGGCGAUUAAGGGACAGGAGUCGUUCAUUGAGGGCGAUUUCCCUCACCCAGUUCUCGUGGAUGAAAGCUCAUGGACUCUGGAAACAACGUCAAACCCGCCUGGAAAGGAAGUGUCGAUUCAUCUGGACAAGGUCAACAAGGUGGAGUGGUGGCCUCAUGUGGUGACCUCUGCUCCGAAGAUCGAUGUGAGCAAGAUUACGCCCGAGUCGUCGAAACUGAGUGAUCUGGACGGAGAGACGAGAGCGAUGGUUGAGAAGAUGAUGUACGACCAGCGACAGAAGGAGAUCGGCGGACCGAGCAGUGAUGAACAGCGCAAGAUGGAUCUUCUGAAGAAGUUCCAAGCGGAACAUCCUGAAAUGGACUUUUCGAAUGCCAAGAUCGGUUGA